UGGUUGCAUCACGCCUGGGAACUUUGCUCCAAUGAGCAGCCUGCUUUGUGCUGUGUGGAGAGAGAGAGACAGACAGACAGACAGAGAGAGACGGAGGUUGCAGCGGUGCUUUACCACCAAACACACACACACAUCUCCACAGCGCGCCAACAUCACCUGCGGAGAGAAGAACAGCGCUUCUUCCUGCUCUGGAAACACACCACGUGGUGUUUGUGGUUGUUGUUUUAUUCCGAGAAGAGAGAAGGAAAUCCUUCUUGGAGUGUGUCUCGGUGUGUUUUUUUUUUUUUGCGCCCAAAAAUCUGUCCUCUCUCUCUUUGAGGACAGGACCCCAACAAUGGACUGCGUCUCCAGCGGGAACUCUCUCCUCCUCCUGGAGCCACACAGGACGACAUUAUAGUGUGAUAUUAGUAAGUUAGAGCAGUGUUUGGGUGAGCUGGAGACCCGGGAUGCCGGCGAGGAACAGGUACAACCUGGUGGACGAUGUGGCGGACUCGAGGCUGCCUCUGCACAACGACGAGGCGUACCAGCAUGGCAUCUCUUUCCAAGCCAAGUACGUGGGGAGUCUGGACGUGUCCAGGCCCAACAGUCGGAUGGAGAUCGUGGCAGCCAUGAGGAGAAUCAGGUAUGAAUUCAAGGCCAAGAACAUCAAGAAGAAGAAAGUCAGCAUUGUGGUGUCUGUGGACGGAGUCAAGGUGAUACUGAGGAAGAAACAGAAGAGGAAAGAAUGGACAUGGGAUGAGAGCAAGAUGCUGAUCAUGCACGAUCCCAUAUACAGGAUCUUCUACGUGUCUCACGACUCCCAGGAUUUAAAGAUCUUCAGCUACAUCGCGAGAGACGGUUCCAAUAAUUCCUUCAGAUGUAACGUCUUCAAGUCAAAGAAGACGAGCCAGGCCAUGCGUAUAGUGCGUACAGUAGGUCAGGCCUUUGAAGUGUGCCAUAAGCUCAGUCUGCAGCACGCUGAGCAGGAUGCAGACGGACAGGCGGACGGAGAGAGCGACAAGUCCACAGAGGAGACCAGCAGCCAUGGUCGUAAGCUGACGGGGGCGGAGCGAGGGGAGGAAGAGGAGGACAGCAAACUUGGAGGAAGACGAGGAGAAGACCCUUCAGCGGGCACGUCACUGUGUGAAAAGGCAGUCAGCGAUAUCUUGCAGAGUCUGGCUGAACUGAACGUGGUCAAACCUGGACAGACCAUCAUAGACUUUGAUCGAAGGUCCCUCUUCACUGUGACAUCCCAAGGCAUAACUCCCAGCAGCCCUUGCUCCCGCUCUCUCACUCCGCUGGCAUCGCAGCACUACCUGCAGCUCCUUCAGCAGCAGCUGCAGCAGCAGCAGCAGCACACUCAGGUGGCAGUCGCUCAGGUGCAACUGCUGAAGGAUCAGAUGGCAGCAGAGACUGCAGCUCGCAUGGAGGCUCAGGCCCGAGUCCACCAGCUGCUGCUGCAGAACAGGGACCUGCUGCAGCACCUGGCUUUGCUCGUGCAGCAGCUGAAGGAGCUGGAGGCCCGCUCCCCAAAAACACACGCAGGGCAGCCACAACAGGAGCCUCAGGCUAAUGGACACAAUGGUCAACAGUCGCCAUGCAGCUCGGUGUCAACAACAGCGAAAGCUCUGUCUCUGAACCUGAAGAACCACUACAGCCAGACCCUGGACCAGCUCAUCACCUCCACACCUGCUUGGCCCCUCCAAACCUCACCCCUCUCCCCCACCCAGGUGGACUGUGCCGAGUCCUACCUGAACCUGCUCAACCUGGAGAACAGCGGCGAACCGGCCGCGUCGCUCAACGGAGACCUGGACCCGUUCAUCAGGGCCAAUGGGGCGGCGGACAACGAGGAGGGCUCGUGCAAUGAGAUCGUCCCGUUCACAUUGAGGAACUCUGCCAACAUGGAUGAAAAGUAUAUGAUCCCUAAACUUGACCCUCCGCCCUCCAUGAACCGCAAGCGAGCCAGCAGGACCUUGUCUCCGGGGUCAGACGUCCCAGCUGCGCCCGCGCCCGGAGAGGUCACCGCUAAUGACGGGGCGCCCAGCAGCAGCAGCAGCCUCUCGUUCCCGGACAUCACCCCCGGAUCCUUGUCGUCCGCUGAUUUCCACUCGCUCAGCAACGGCGAGAGCAGCUCCUGUUCGACUAGCGAGGACUCGGGCGUCCGCUCCGAGACCAAGUCCCUGCUGUCGCCGCUGCGCGACGACGACGACCUGUUCGGGGACCGCGGGACGUUUUUGACGGCCUCCAGCGGCUGUGACAGUCCCCUGGAGGAGAGAAUCGAAGCGGUUCUCUCUUCGCCUGCUGAGCCGCCCACCCUCGCCUCAUAUCCGGACACCUGUGAGCACCCGCCGCCCUUCUUCUCUCCUAUGAAUGAUACCUGCCUUCACAUCAGUUUCUCUGAGGACGAGCUGCUGGAGAGCAACCAGGAAGAGCCUAACGUCCCUCAGCGGAGUUAGGAGGACGAGCUGACGGGCCCCUGGAGAUCCUCCAAUCAGCUUUUAAUGCAAUACUUGUCAGACCCUCCUGUGUUUGCACUGGGCUCCAUUUCAGGACCUUUAAUUAUUCCGUCCACUUGUGACACAGUACAGACUUAGCAUAUACCAGUUACUGGAAAUAAUCUAUUGUGUAAAUUAUUAGCCAAUGGACAGAUUUAGUAUUUUUGUAAUGAAAUUAAUGAUCUAAUUUUACUUUUUAGUGACUAGAAUGUUAAGCAGAAUACAUGUAGCAAUUCUUGCACUGUUAAGGUCACACAUAGGUUACCGUAGAGUUCAGAGAAAAAUGAGGGAACACAUUUUAUUUUUGCUAGUAGUUCAACUUUAAAACAUUAUUUUGUAUGAUGCUUUCGCCGUGGUGCAAACUGUUGUGGGAAAAUAUCAUUUUCUGCAGAUUUCACAGAGCGAUCGUGAUGAUCACGCACACGUUGGUGAUGUUGAGAAGAGCCACGCCUUCUGUAAAGCACCUGACCACAUGAUGGGUGGAAAGAAAAGAACAAGAAAGUCAGAUAAAGGGGAAAAGGGAGGAUAGAAGUGAGCAGAUAUAGUGGUGUUUUGGUUUAUGCACAUCUGUGGCUGUGUAGUAUGGGUUUUUGUUAUUAUUACUAUCAGAGUUGAGUGGGUUUUAGAAUGUUUUGUACCACUUGUAUUUUGGGUUUUUCAGACUUGCAGGCUUUGAUAUAUGGAAGACGAAACCUGCCAAAAUAAAAAAAUUAAUUACUUUAUAAAUAAAUAAAUAAAUACAUGCAAUUUAAUGAUUAAUAAAUUAAGUUAAAAAUAAAACAAUAAAUAUAUAUU